CACAGAGGAUCUUUUACGCACACCUAUAUAAAGCCUGCAAACACACUUUUCCUUCUCCUUCCCCUUCAUGGAUUCUUCUCCUUCUCGGAUACUACUCCAAUCCUCACCAUUUACUCGUGUAUAUAUAUACGUAAAAUUAUCCACAUAGUGUACCUGUUAUACACAAAAUUUAGUCAUUUUAUCUGAUUUUGCAGUUCUUCAAUUUCGAUUGUUUUAAAGUGUUCAUUGAUAAUUGAUUUGAUAUGGCGGCGAUGGAACCUGUUCAGCCACCGGCGGUUCAGAAUCAGUCUGCGACUAUGGCGGCGAGUUUGAUAGGAGUGACGCCACCGUCGACUCCGCAGAUAGCGACGGCGGCGGUAGGGGCCGGAGGUUUCUCGAACUCGUCUCUAUAUGUAGGUGAUCUAGAGGCUACGGUGGAUGAGUCGAAGCUGUACGAUUUGUUCAACCAGGUGGCUCCUGUGAUCUCGGUUAGGGUUUGUAGGGAUCAGGCUCGCAGGACCUCCCUUGGCUAUGCCUAUGUUAAUUUCGGCACUUAUCAGGAUGCAUCUCAUGCAAGAGAGGUUUUGAAUUUUACCCCUAUCAAUGGGAAGCCUAUUAGGAUUAUGUUUUCUCAUCGAGAUCCUUUUCUGAGGAAAACUGGACGUGCUAAUAUUUUCAUAAAAAACUUGGAUGAUUCAAUUGAUAACAAGGCACUGUAUGACACUUUUGCUGUCUUUGGGACAGUGCUUUCAUGCAAGGUAGCUGUUGACAACAGUGGUUGUUCAAAAGGUUAUGGUUUCGUACAGUUUGAUCAGGAGGAAGCUGCACAAAAUGCAAUCAGGCGACUUAAUGGCAUGUUGAUUAAUGAUAAACAAGUAUAUGUUGGCACUUUUGUUCGUCGACAGGAACGAAAUAGCGUGGAUGGGUCACCAAUAUUUACUAAUGUUUAUGUGAAAAACUUCUCUGAAACUACUAUGGAGGUGGACCUUAAGAAAACUUUUGGAAAGUUUGGUUCCAUCACUAGUGCAGUUGUUAUGAAAGACACAAAUGGUAAAUCCAGAUGUUUUGGCUUCGUAAAUUAUGAACACCCAGAAGCUGCAGCUGCUGCUGUUGAGAACUUGAAUGGAUCAUUAUUAGAGGACAAGGUUUUGUAUGUUGGAAAGGCUGAAAAGAAAGUUGAAAGAGAGGCAAAAUUGAGAGCCAAAUUUGAACAAGAAAGAAUUAGUAGAUAUGAGAAAUUGAAAGAUACGAACUUAUACUUGAAGAAUCUUGAUGAUGGCAUGAAUGAUGAAAAACUGAAGGAGUUAUUUUCAGAGUUUGGAACCAUCACAUCGUGCAAGGUCAUGCUUGAUCAAAAUGGAGUGAGCAAGGGUGCAGGUUUUGUGGCCUUUUCCACUCCAGAAGAAGCUACGAAAGCUUUGAGUGAAAUGAAUGGGAAGAUGAUUGGAAGAAAACCUCUAUACGUUGCUGUUGCUCAGCGGAAAGAAGAAAGAAAGGCUUGGCUUCAGGCGCAUUUUGCUCAGAUGCGAGCACCUGUGGGGAUGUUACCUUUACCUGCAAUGCCUGGAUUUCACCUUGGUGCAGCUAGGUUUUCCCCACAGCAGCUCUAUUUUGGUCAAGUUGGUCCUGUGAUGCCACCUCAGGCUGUUGGGUAUGGGUUUCAGCAGCAGCACGUGCCUGGAGUACGUGCAGGUCCUCCAAAUUUCGUCAUGCCUUUCCGACAUCAACGACAAGGACCACCUGGACAGCAUGUGGGUCCGAGGAGAGUUGGAAACACUCAACACCAGCAACAGGUGCAGCGCAACUUAAACCAAGGUUUUAGCAGAUACAUGAUCAAUGGACGAAAUGGCAUAGAUCCUCCCAUAGUCCCAACAACAACUUCCUCAAGCAUUCAGCCUGCAGGGCCAGUGUCCAGUUCAACACUUGCUUCUGCUUUGGCUUCUGCUACUCCAGAAAAUCAGCAAAUGAUGCUAGGUGAACAGCUUUAUCCCCUUGUGGAACGUGUUGAAUGCAAUCUUGCAGGAAAAGUGACGGGGAUGUUGUUAGAGAUGGACCAAACAGAGGUGCUUCACCUUAUUGAGUCUCCAGAUGCUCUGAGGAAGAAAGUGGGCGAGGCUAUGGAUGUUCUUCAGUCAGUUGCAUCAUCUGACACUGGCGACAACCUUGGUUCCUUGUCCUAAAAUGAAAUAUCACAGCCUAAUUUUGCUGUUAUUAUGCUUGUGUCUUCUUGAACACUACUUUCUUAGGGAGUUGAUAAUCGUUUGUUCUAACUAAUUUUGUGGGAUGUCUAAUAUAUUGAGUUAAUUAUGUAUGGUUUUUAGGUCUAGGGUCCUUUUUCUGUUUAGUUUCUUAGUUAUGAACCAAGCAGGUUGUAUUUUCUUAAUUUGUUUUUGAGGAUUUUUAGUUAGUGCAAGACAAAUAAUUUAAAAUAAAUAAAAUAGUAGGUUAGCAAAUCUUAAGGUUGUUCGAUCUGCUGUUCUUUUAUCCAAUCCUUCU